AGGGGAGGUUCGCGGUUGGUGCACUGGUAUGUGACGUCAGCGGCUUGUUGGAUUGAGGUGCAGUGUCCUGCUGAUUUUAAUCCUAACUCAUUAAGGAACAGAGAGCAAGUGCCUGUGCAAGCCCUCUGGGGGAAAGAGAGAAAGUGACGGGAGGAGGAAGGAACACUUAACAGUCCAUCAAGGGAGAUAAGUGGAGCUAAUUUACAGCUUGAGAGACAGAAGAGAGGAGAAAUCAAGCAUUUUUAUUUUUUUUUGCUUUUCAGUUUCAUGCCUGCGUUUCCUCAUUACCCCUUCCCUUGUUUGUCCUAAACGUCUUUGCUUGCGAUCUUAACGCGAGGCCUGUUCAAGCAUGCCCACGAACGGAAUUAGCCGGGCCCUGAAGCUGCAGUUUGGCCUCAUCAACUAUGAGAACCGCUACCUGACGGCCGAGGCCUUCGGCUUCAAGGUGAACGCCUCGGGUGUUAGCAUGAAGAAGAAGCAGAUUUGGACCUUAGAGCAGGACGAUCAAGAUGGCCAAGUGGUGUUCCUCCGCAGCCACCUGGGACGCUAUCUGGGCUCUGACAAAGAUGGGAAGAUCGCAUGUGGGGCGGAGAAGCCUGACCCUGACUGCCGUUUCCUUAUUGUGCCUCAAUCUGAUGGUCGCUGGGCACUACAAUCAGAGCCUUACCUGCGUUACUUCGGUGGCUCGGCCGACUACCUGACCUGCUUUGCCCAAGCCAUUGGCGAACAAGAGCUGUGGUCCAUCCAUAUGGCUUUACACCCACAGGCCAGCCUGCUCAGUGUGGCACGUAAGCGCUAUGCCCAUCUGUCUUCUUCAGAUGGAGAGAUCUCAGUGGACAGCAACAUUCCCUGGGGAGUGGACUCCCUUGUCACCUUGGUAUACCUCGAUGGCAAGUACAGCCUCAAGACCUGUGACAGCCGUUUUCUCAGCAAUGAUGGCAAACUGGUGAAGGAGAACACCAACACUACUAGCUUCACACUGGAGCUGAAAUCUGGCAAGCUGGCCUUUAAGGACUGCGAUGGGAAAUACCUGACCCCGGUGGGUCCCACGGGGACGCUGAAAUCUGGCCGAUGCUCCAAGCCUGGAAAAGAUGAGCUGUUUGAUCUCGAAGAGAGUCAUCCACAAGUAGUUUUUCAAGCCGCCAAUAAAAGAUUUGUCUCGGUCAAGCAAGGGGUGAGUAUUUCAGCCAAUCAGGAUGUGGAGACAGACAUGGAGACCUUCCAGAUGGAGCUUGAUAAAGAGAGCAAAAAGUCUAUGUUCAGGACCAACGUUGGAUCCUACUGGACUCUAGUGACGCACGGAGAGAUCCAGUCCACUGCUACUGAAGUAGAGGUCAAUACAAUGUUUGACAUUGAAUGGCGAGGACAGAGGGUGGCCCUCAAAGCAAGUAAUGGAAAGUAUGUUUGUACAAAGAAGAAUGGACAACUCUCAGCAGUCAGCGAUACAGUGGGUAAGUGCUUUCAGGCAAGCCACUUGAGAUUGAAUGCUGUGCCAAGGGUACAGUCUUCGUUGACCCAAACAUGCACAAGAGAUGAACUGUAUUUGUCCUUCAAUCCAGGUGAAGAUGAAUUGUUCCUGAUGAAACUCAUCAACCGCCCCAUGAUGAUCCUUCGUGGCGAGAAUGGCUUCGUGUGCCACCACAAGAACUCCAACACUCUGAACGCAAAUCGAUCCGUCUAUGACAUUUUCUCAUUGAUCUUCAAUGAUGGCGCCUACAACGUAAAAAGUGUAAAUGGAAAGUUCUGGUACGUCUCUAGCAGUGGCUUCGUGUGCUCAGAUGGAGAAAAGCCGGAGGACUUUUUCCUCGAGUUCCUGGAACAUGGACGCUUCGCCAUCAAGGGCUCUGAUGGCAAGUACCUUCGCGGAGACCAGGGAGGCACGCUGAUGGGUGAUGGUCCAACUGUUGAUGUAUCUUCUCUUUGGGAGUAUUGAUCCCUUUCAAUCAGGGUCCUCAAAGAGGGAGCAAGAAGGCGGGGCGCAGGACCUGCCUCUAUCAGCUCAAAUGAAACGGACUGACCGGGUAACAUUUUCCUGCCUGUUUUUAUACUAGCUGCCAGGUGCCCGAACCCAUGUCUUUUGUUGUUGUUUUUUUAAUUGGGAAGAUGUGAACAUUUUAGGAAGAUGUGCGGUUUUUAUUGUAAAUGUUAAAUGUUUUGUCUUUCAAAUGACAAUGCCAACAGCAAACAACACGUACUGUGUGAAAACGUGUCAUUUCACAGAAUAAGACAGCGGCUGUCCCAAUUCUUCAAUAUAGGCAACAGUGACAACCAAAUAUCUUUGAGGGCAACCACACCGAUCAGUCACUGAACAAAGAUAAAUUGAGUAACUGCGAUGCCAAGCGUAAUAUAUAUUUUCAAAUGAAUUCAGACUUUGAUUGCCAAAAACCGUCACGAGGUUGGCAUGGGUUACCAUGGUUACACGUCUCCAACCGGCAAGGAGGCUAUCAGGAAGUGACGACGUAAAUUACUGCUUAGUGCGUCCGAAAAGAUACAUACUACUACGCUGCAAAAGUAUGUUAAACUAUAGUACACAUGUUGGGAAUGUAGUGCAUAGUAUGGGAUUUCGGACGCAACCUUUAACUGAAAAUCAAUGAAAAACAAACAAUGAAGGAUCAGUGUGGCUGCAUUCUUUACUACUUUGACAUGUUUUCUAUUAGAAACAGCGUGGUCAUUGACGUCACUCUAAGUUAAGGGUAAUGCACCACUGUCUUCAAAGACAGCGAAUGGCUGGUGCCGACGGUGUUUUCAUUUAUCUUAAUAGACCAUUUACAGCUUCCAUAAAAGCACAGUUUGAAGUAAAUGAGGUGGACUGGAGCAAAUAGACUAUACUGUCUCAGGCACCUCUGCAAUGCUGAGCAAUGUAUAUCCAAAGAGGACUUAGCUCAGCAUCACUGCAAACGCUGACUAUGUUUUUGUGUAACACGUAUAGAAAUACAGAGAUCAGGAACAAAGGAUAUCAGUAGAAAUGGCAUAUAUCCACAUCAGGGACAAGCAAUAAACCAAAAGGGGGAGCACAUUCAAAGCAUUUGAUGGACUAUACAUCAUUUUUAAUGUACCAGGUAUGAACUCAGAAAGUGCUUCUCUGGUGUUUUGCCUAGGGGCCUUAAACCAUACUGAAGUCUAUAUCCCUUUAAACACUGUUCUCGUGGUCAGAGUCGGGUGGUAAGAUUAGAAAAUAUAAUGGAUUUAGAUAACAGAUAUAACGUGGAAACAGCUUAGAGUGAUCAUGUCUGUCCGGGUCAAAUUGAUCACUAUAAGCAGAUGAUUAUUAUAACCAAAUUUUUGUUGUUGUGCUUCAUAUCUCAUGCAGAUUACCAUCUAAUUGACAUUUGUAUAUUUAUUACAUGAAUACAAAGUAAUGAAACGGACCUCUUCGCUAAAUACUGGCUCGCUGCCAGCUCUUCUGCCUUUUCCCUCUCCAAGGGUGAGGCAUUGCCGUUUUUGGCCAGCUCUGCAGCGUGAGCGUGCAUGCAGAUGGACGGUGCCCCCCUUUGUCAAUUCAAUUACGUUAGUCCGACUUAGUUUUAAAAUGUUUUUCCAUAUGUUGUCAUGCAUGAAAAGACACAAAAUGAGCACUGUAAGCGGACUAUUACUAUAAGCAAAUUAUUCAAACAGGAAAUAGGAAUGAUUCUGUUCAAACCUUUUGAUCCAUAUAAGCGGUUGAUCACUGUAAUCGUGAUCACUAUAAGCAGUUUCCACUGUAUCUCUUACUUAAAGAUUUCUUACUGGAAUACAGUACAACAGUGACAUCCUAUAAAACAUCAUGCAGAAGCAGAUGUGUUUGAAUACAAAUCUUAAAGUAACGCUUGUUUGUUUUCCGUCUGUUUGCCCACAGUGAGAUGAGAAACUGUAGUGAAUUUCAUUUGUGAAGUGAGCGCUCUGUGCACUCCAGUGGUUGUUGGUCAAACCCAUCUCCAAUGUGACAGCAAUCUGCUUCUUCAGACAGCUUUGGAAGAUAUGUUGUUUCACGUUGUACAAAGCUGGGGUAUCAGUCUUCCCUCUGAGUCCUUGUGCACAGCUAGGCCAAGAACGUCCCACUGGAGCUGAUAUGAAUCUUCUCAUCUAACUCUGGACAAGACAGCAAACAACUAUAUUUCACAACAUGCUGGAGUGUUCCUCCUAUCCAACACUGCUUUUGUAAAAUGUGAUCAGUAGCCUCUAGUUGAUCCUUAGCCAACAGGAACCUUUUUAUGUAUUUCGAUCUCACAGGACUCACUGAAUUUAUGACACACUCCUGACACCCAUCAAAGGGCACAAGCUGCCCAGACGUUAUUGACACAGAGGACAACCUGAACCUGUAUACAAUUUAUCCUGUAGAUUCUUGUCAGUUAUUUCCCAGGAAGAGAGAAAAUCUGCAAUAGUUCAAGUUUAAUGUCUAAACCAAAGGUUUUGUGAUGUGUGCAAGUUGCAAUUAAUAGAGAGACAUUUUAGAAAGCAAGGUCUAAAAGGCUUGGUCACCUAUGCAUCCUGUAUCAGCUCUAUACAGCCUCCAGCCAUAUUUUAGAAAGUAUUUAAUACAUGUAGAUGUAUGUUGUUUUACUAUACUUGUUUUCUGAUAUGAUUUUUGAAAAUGCUGAUGACAAUAAAAACUUGACAAUACCUUCA